UGUCUACGACUACACGAGCGAAUUUUCCAGCUGGAGGAGAAUGUCCUGCAGCGUCAAAGCUCCGAGAUUCUGAAGGUGGGAAUCGUCAUUUAUUCACAAAAAGAACCUCUUGUAAAGUCUCAGUCGGAACCCAGCUGUGCCAGUCUCCUCAUGUACACAGCAAGGGGAAGCUGACACCAUGGCCCACAUAUCCAGUGGCAAUGGCUUUCAGUUUGACAGGCCGGCCUCUCCGGGGGUGAUCCGGCCCAGAGGGAAUGUGGGAAAGGAGGAGGCUUUGCGCAUGGAGGCCGAUGCCUUAGCAAAACAUCACCGUGAGAAAAAGCACACACUCCCAGCCUCGGCCCCCAAUGCAACAACGCAGACCUCCACUAGCCGGCAUGAGAAAGACCUCAUUGUCUUCCCUGAAUCGGAAACGCUGAAGAAUGAAGAAAAAUACAAGUUUGGAGACAUCGAUUUGGAGAAGCUGACCAAGGAGGAGCUGGAAAAGCUGCUUCUGGAUGACUCUUUUGGCACAAACAAAAUGAUAAGACCUUCUUCUCUUCUAGGUUGCAAUCUCAGCGCAUCGUAUCCAGGAGGUCAUGCGUUCCACCCUGCUUCGUUCCACUGGACGCCCAACUCUGCUUUACCGAACCUGACACACCAACAGACUCCCAUCUUCCCCUCCACUCCCUUCCCGAAGCCUCCGUGCUCCUUCCAGAAUGGCUUUAGUCCAGCCAUGCCUGGCUAUAUUAGCUUGCCUGCCCGACCGACCCACUUCCUCUCGUUUACCCCCAUCCAGCCACCUGCUGCUCUGGUCUACUCGCAGCCAGCAGUCACCCCAGAAAUGGCCAAGCUGUUCGACAAGAUUGCCAGCACUUCGGAAUACGUGAAGAACGGCAGGUCCUCCAGCAUGGAUGUAGACUCGGACAGUGCCAAGUCCCUGGAGCCUGUGCCUCAGCCCUCGGAAACUCCCAUGAUCAGCCAAUUUGAGUGGAUGGACUUGGACCCGCUGAGCAUGCGCAAGGUGGAGGUGGAUGAGGCACCCAAUGCAUCAGGCGGUCCUUACAUAGAGGAGUCUGAGACUGCGAAGGACCCAUGGGAUGCUGUUCUUCAAGAUGAAACUGAGGGUGUGGAUAGUAGCAGUCCUCCAAUGGAGGUGAAAUCCACGGUUCAACCCAGAAGAGGAUCAACAGGGGCAGCUAUUACUAAAAGCCAGUCCCUUCACAUGCCUACAACCUCAUCAUCUCACAGCCCAAGCUUACAGGGUAAUAAGGGAAGUGCAAAUGUACUCUCAAAGUACUCCUUAAAGGGAAUGGAAGCCCAGAACAUAGAAGUCAUAGCAUUCUGUGAAGACAUUUCAAAGCUGAAGUCAAAAUUCCCUCAUGACAACCUCUCUACCAACCCUGGCUAUGUUCUCAGUCCUGUGAUCAGUCAAAGAGAUGCAGGUGAAGACAAUGGAGGCAGUGUGAAGGUGUCCAUUGAGAUAUCAGAUUCUCAACAGCCUGUAACUUUUACUUGCGAUGUGAGUGCUCCAGUGGAUCUGCUCAUCAUGCAGGCUCUCUGCUGGGUCCAUGAUGAUCUGAAUCAGGUGGACAUCAGCAGCUAUGUUCUCAAAGUCUGCGGACAGGAAGAGGUUCUACAGAAUAAACACAGUCUAGGAAGCCACGAGUAUGUACAGAACUGCAGAAAGUGGGAAACAGAGAUUAAACUACAGCUCCUUUUCCUCAGCACAAUGAGAAGAGAUUUAGCUCGAACGACAGACGAUGAUGCCGCCCCUAUUCACUUGGAGAAGUUCCUCGGUCUUGUGGAGAGGCCGUUCAAAGAGUCAGUCACGAGAGAGGGACUUGCUGAGAACAUAGAGGGCUAUCAUAAGCAAGUCAACAUCUGCCUUCAGAAUGAGAGCACACGGUAUAAAACAGUGGAGCAUGUGGUUCAGUGUGUUAAAAAUCUGUGCUGUGCUUUGGAUAAAAUUGAGACACCCGCCAUCACCGAUGCCAUCAAGAGGCUCAAACGCUCGGUCAACCUGCCUAGAACACGUUCUCCAGAGGCUGGUGCCACAGGCUCUACAGUUUCAGCUAACGGCUACUCAAGCCCAGUGGAAGAGAGUUUGGCGGUGCUCACAGAUGCUAUACAUGACCUCACCGAGCUCUACCUGUGCUCUUUCUGCCCGACUUCCCCCACGUGCUCGAUGGAAGAUCGUAUGGAGGAUGAGAGGGAUAGCAAAGAGGCCUCGGGCACCAAAGAGCAUCUACAGUUCACCCUGUUUGCUGUACAUGGCAUUCCUGCAGCUUGGGUCAGCAGUUUUGAAAAAUACUACCUGAUGUGUGCCCUGACACACAACAGCAGGAACCUCUUCAAACCUGUCCAGUCUAAAAAAGUGGGAACAUACAAGAGUUUCUUCUACCACAUCAAAUGGGAUGAACUGAUCAACUUCCCUAUUUCGGUGGCGCUGUUGCCACUGGAGGCCAUGUUAAGUCUUUCUCUCUAUGGGGUUCUCAAUCAGAACACUAACAACUCACCGGAUUCUAACAAACAACGAAAAGGUCCAGAGCUGUUGGGAAAAGUGUCCAUGCCCCUGUUUGAUUUCAGGCGGUUUCUUUCAAGAGGCACCAUGCUGUUGAGCAUGUGGACAUCACCUCAAAACCUUCACCCAGGAGCUGCAGGCAAGGGGAGGAAUCCAACAGAAAGGAUCAUCUUGCAGGUUGACUUUCCCACUCCGGCAGUGGACGUGCUGUAUGUUGGUCCACAAGAGAAAGGCUUCCCAGACCCUAAGUCUCUAGACCCACUGGAUACAGGAGAUCGGAAUGAGAUAGAGAAGCUGUGUGCACGAACAUCUGCUUUUGGGCUGACACGAGCAGACAGGCAGCUGCUGUGGGACCAGAGGUAUUAUUGCCGGGACUAUGAACACAGCCUGCCCAAAAUCUUGGCAAGUGCACCCAGGUGGGACUGGGGCAGUAUGGGAGAGAUCCACUCACUUCUGCACAAUUGGCCUCCUCUGUCUCCCGUUUCAGCCCUGGAGCUUCUCGAAUCAAAGUUUGCUGACACAGAGGUGAGAAAAGUUGCUGUGAGCUGGAUUGAGAGCAGCAGUGAUGAUGAGUUGGCUGAUUAUCUGCCUCAGCUGGUGCAGGCGGUGAAGUUUGAGUGUCACCUCAACAAUGCCUUGGUUAUGUUUCUGUUAUCACGAGCUCUGGGAAAUAUCAACAUUGCACAUUAUCUUUACUGGCUGUUGAGGGAUGCCGUGCAGGACCCAGCGUUCGGUCAGCGGUACGACCGCAUCCUGGGUGCGCUCCUGUGUCUCUGUGGUGCUGGAUUGAGAGCUGAACUUGAAAAGCAGACCAAGCUUGUGCAGCUUCUUGGUGCCCUGGCUGAAAAUGUUAGACAGGCGAGCAGCUCCGCACGACAGGUGGUGCUGCUGGAGGGCUUGGAGAGGGUACAGACAUUCUUUCAGAAGAACAACAGCCGACUUCCUAUAAGCCCCAGCCUAGUGGCAAAGGAACUUAAUGUAAAGGCCUGUUCCUUCUUCAAUUCCAACGCUGUUCCUCUAAAGAUCGCACUGGUAAACGCAGACCCGCUGGGAGAUGAGAUUAACGUCAUGUUUAAGGUUGGAGAGGAUUUGAGGCAGGACAUGCUGGCCCUUCAGAUGAUCCGGAUCAUGGAUCGGAUCUGGCUGCAGGAGGGUUUGGACCUGCGCAUCGUGAACUUCAAAUGCAUCUCAACGGGUAAAGAUAAAGGCAUGGUGGAAUUAGUGCCGUCUUCAGAAACGCUGAGGAAGAUUCAGGUAGAGUACGGAGUGACCGGUUCAUUCAAGGACAAACCUCUGGCCGAGUGGCUUCGCAAGUACAACCCUGCUGAGGAUGAGUAUGAGAAGGCCUCUGAGAAUUUCAUCUACACCUGCGCAGGAUGCUGUGUAGCCACCUAUAUCCUCGGCAUCUGUGACCGCCACAACGACAACAUCAUGUUACGCUCUACAGGUCACAUGUUCCACAUAGACUUUGGAAAGUUUCUGGGUCAUGCACAAAUGAUCGGGAGUUUUAAAAGGGACCGUGCACCUUUUGUCUUAACCUCUGACAUGGCUUAUGUCAUCAAUGGAGGGGAGAGACCCACGAGUCGCUUCCAACUUUUCGUUGACCUUUGCUCACAAGCCUACAACUUGAUACGCAAACACUCCAACCUCUUCCUCAACCUACUGUCUCUGAUGACACAGUCAGGUUUACCCGAGUUGACCGGAGUACAAGAUCUUAAAUAUGUUUAUGAUGCUCUUCAACCUCAAACUACAGAUGCAGAAGCAACCAUUUUCUUCACCAGGUUGAUUGAAUCCAGCCUGGGCAGUGUGGCAACAAAGUUCAAUUUCUUUAUCCAUAAUUUGGCCCAGUUGCGUUUCUCUGGUCUUCCUUCCAAUGGCGAGCCCAUCCUGUCCUUCGCACCUCGAACAUACACCAUAAAGCAGGACGGCCGAAUACAGGAUGCCUCCAUAUAUUCAUUUCAAAAGAGAUACAACCCCGAUAAGCACUAUACGUAUGUAAUCCGGCUGCUCAGGGAAGGUCAGAGUGAGCCACAGUUUGUCUUCCGCACAUUUGAUGAGUUCCAGGAACUGCACAACAAGUUGACCAUUCUCUUUCCUCUAUGGAAGCUACCAGGGUUCCCCAGUAAAUUGGUGCUGGGCCGCACACACAUUAAGGAUGUAGCGUCUAAGAGGAAGGUGGAAUUGAGCAGCUAUGUGCACAGUUUGAUGAGGAGUUCAGCAGAAGUCAACCAGUGUGAUCUUAUCUACACCUUCUUCCACCCUAUUGCAAGAGAUGACAAGCCAGAGGGGGUUGAAGGACUCCAAAAGAUUCCAGAGAUGACUCCUAUGAGUCCCGGCACCGGCCGGGUGGAGGGUGAGGUGAAGCUGUCAGUGUCCUACAGAAACAGCACACUCUUUAUCAUGGUCAUGCACAUUAAAGAUCUGAUAUCAAAUGACGGAGCAGAUCCAAACCCUUAUGUGAAAACAUACCUCUUACCAGACCCUCACAAAACCUCCAAACGCAAGACGAAGAUUGCAAGGAAGACUAGAAACCCCACGUUUAACGAAAUGCUGGUGUAUAGUGGUUACAAUAAGGAAACCUUAAAACAAAGAGAGCUUCAACUGAGCGUGCUCAGUGCCGAGUCUCUGCGAGAGAACUACUUUUUGGGUGGCAUCACCCUCAGUAUUAAGGACUUUGACCUGAGCAGAGAGACUGUCAAGUGGUACAAGCUCACCACGGUGCCCUACUUCUAGAUCCAACAAUCCCUCUCUACCAGUCUUCCACAAAGAGUGAUGGACCAGAGCAAGUGCCCUUACAGGACCACUCCGAUUCCCCACCCUCUUCUCUCUCUCUCUCUCUCUCUCUCUCUCUCUCUGACACUAAUCAUGGUUACUCCUUGUUGAAACAGGCAAUCACUGUGUGUAAACAGAAAACUGCAUUUGUGUUUUGUACAUUUGGAACAUAAGAGGACCAAAAUGGCUUAAUUAUAGAAGAGUUUAUAUAUUAUUAUAUAAAUAUAUAUAGAGAUCAACACCUGUAUUUUUAAAAUGGCUUGUUUUUACACUCUCCUUUUCUACAUAUGCAUUUAGUGAACAGUAGUAGGUUUUGAGGUAUCUAAGCACGACAGAUCUCGCUCUGCUUUUAUUAACGUGCCAAAUGAACUGAAUCAACACGAGACCACUCCCCUACAGGGAAUAUUAACAGGGUGCCUUCAUAUGCUGGCCUGUCAUUUCGGCUUUUCUCAAUAUGUUCGGUGUAAAUUACUGAAAUCCCUACUUUGUACAGUAGGGUCAAAUGUUCUGUUGAGUGGUGAAAUCCGUUUAAAUGACGGCCUCGGCACCAGGGGACUCUGAAUCUCACAUUUGUAUAAUGAACCUUGUUGAAAAGGGAAUUGCACCUAUGGCUAAAUCUACUGGCAGAGCUCAGCUGCAUAAUAAUGGAGGAGUUCACCUGGAGGCAUUUUUAAAAUGAUGUAAGAAUUGUCAUCACUCACUUAAAUGGACUGUAAAAUACAUUUGAAUUGAUAUUGACAUGGCCAGUUAUUUAUUAUUGGAUACCUUUAUAACCUUACCGAAUCAAUGUUAGCUUUAAUUCUGUUUCUUUUCUUGAGGCAAAUUAAAUGUUUUCAAUGUC